AUGAAGAUCUUAUCAGAUAAAGAUGUUUCAAAAGUAUUGGAAGACGUCACCAGAGACACUCUCCUAAAGGUAUACCAACCGCAUUUGCUUGAAUCAUUACGGAAACUCUCGCAAACUCCAGAGUCGUUGCCCGGCCGAAUCGUGCAAGCCUCUACAACUCGCAGCUCUGAUUCAACUCAUUUAUUCAUGCCUAGCGUAGCACCGUCGGAAGUGGGUCUCAAAGUCAUUACAGGAGGCCCCACAAACUCCAAGAAAGGAUUGGGGUUCGUGGGAUGUGUUCUAGUGUUGGACGAGCAUGACGGGUCAUUGUUGGGGGUUUUAAAUGGUAAAACUCUCACAGCAUUUCGCACGGCUUUGGCCAGUAGUAUACCAAUGGUCAGGGUAUUGGACCCAUUCGAGUGUGAGAUUUUACCUCAGGUGUCGGUGUUCGGGUCCGGACUCCAGGCGUAUUGGCAUGCCAAGUUGACGGUCAUUCUCUAUGGUGAUAAAAUUCAAACAAUAAAUCUCAUCAACAAAUCCUUACACAAUGCUGAGGUGCUUCAACAAACACUUGCAAAAGAGUUCCCGAACAAACUGUUCACGGUGUUGCUGUACGCGGAUGAGUCUCAGGCCGAAGAUGUUCAUCGGGCUGUUUACCACAGCAGUAUCAUUUUGGGAUGUCUCCCGUCCACAGAAGCAGUUAUCAAGAAGAGCUUCCUCAACCCCGACAAAAACGUACCCAAGUACAUAAACUUGAUUGGCUCGUACAAACCACACAUGCUUGAGUUGGACCUGGAGGUGAUUCACAGCGAGUUCAACGAUGGCACACGGAUCAUAGUCGAUUCCAAAGAACACUGUUUACAUGAGUCUGGCGAGUUGGUGCAAAGCAAGCGUACUGCUGAAAACUUGAUUGAUAUCGCUGAGCUCUGCUCGCAGGGCUCCGGUGGUAGCGUCCGUGUAACUAGCAGGUCCAAUAUCACCAUUCUGAAACUUGUGGGACUUGCGACGAUGGACGUAUCGAUAGGCAAACUUCUUCUUCGUCGUAGCCAUGGCGGCGUUGAGAUCGGUGAGUUUUAG